AUGUGGUUUUUGGAUAAUUUACGAGAUGCUCUACUCGAUGAAAGUGAUGAUAUGUCACUCACAUUCAUGUCAGACAGACAGAAGGGGCUGUUAGUUGUGAUUUCCACAAUCUUCCCUUAUGCUCACCAAAGAAUUUGCAGUAGGAAUCUAUAUCAAAACCUGAAGGCAAAGCACCCUGGUAUGCUAUUGAGGCUACAUUUUUGGGCUGCCUCACAAGCUUCAACUGAACUUCAGUUUCAAAAGGAAAUGAAUAGCAUCAAGGAGAUUAAGGAAAAUGCAUACAUGUAUUUGAAUGAAACCCCCUCGAGGAUGUGGUCAAGGCAUGCCUUUGAUGUAGGAGCAAGAAGUGACCAUAUAACGAACAAUAUGACUGAGUCAUUUAAUCAAUGGAUUGGAGACUUAAGGAGCAAACCCAUUCUCACAUUGGUUGAUCACCUAAGGGUGAAAAUAAUGGGUAGGCUGCAUAGAAGGUAUGAGAAGGCAACCAUGUGGGAGGGUAAAGUAACACCAAGGGUUAUGGUGAAGUUGAACAAGGUUCAGCAAGAAGCAAGGCAUUGCAGGUGUCAACCGGCAGGUGAAGGUCAAUUUGAGGUCUUAGACAGAUUUGGCAACAGAUUUGUGGUUAAUUUGAACCAUUACAUAUGUGAUUAUAGAGUUUGGGAAGGCACUGGUAUACCUUGUCUCCAUGCUGCAGCUUCUAUAUCAUACAUAAGGGGAGAGUUGGUCAACUAUUGUGAUCCAUUUUUCAGUAUUGAAAAAUACUUGGAUACAUAUAAAGAGAUGAUCCAUCCACUUCCAGAUUUGGCAGUAUUGAAGGAUGAUGCUCCUAAUGAGAGAGUACUAGCAUCAAGUCUGAAGAGGUUACCAGGUAGACCUCACAAAAUCAGGAAAAGAGAAGCAGGAGAAGCACUUCCUUCAGAUUUCAGGAAGAGAUCAUCAUCAAUUAGGUGUGACAUCUGCAAGAAGGAAGGACACAAUAGGAGGACAUGCCCGAGGGCUAGAGAUGCUAAGCAGGAUGGAUGUACUAGUAAAAAGAAGAAUAUAAAGAGAAACAUAAAGGAGAGAGUGAAGAUGGAGUCAACACAUCUCAACGACUAA